AAUACACACACCCUAUCUAAAAAUGCAUAAGUCACAAGAAAUCUUCAUAAAAUAGUAUUCUCUUGUUUUUAGCAGAAAACAAUAUGAGCACACUUCUUGGUUGCAUUGCCCUCCUAGGCAUGUUCUUCUAUAUGGUGGCCCCUGCCUCAUCCGCCACUCUUACGGUGAAUUGGUCCCUUGGCACUGACUAUACACCGCUCACCACCGGAAAGAGCUUCGCCGUUGGCGAUACCAUCGUGUUCAACUACGGUGCUGGUCACACGGUUGAUGAAGUGAGUGAGAAUGACUACAAGAGUUGUACUUUAGGGAACUCCAUUACAUCUGACAGCAGUGGAACCACAACCAUAGCUCUCACCACCACUGGACCUCGCUACUUCAUAUGUGGAAUCCCCGGCCAUUGCACUGGCGGUAUGAAACUCGCAGUCACCGUGGCAUCGACCUCGUCAAACGGUGUAGGUGGUGGCACUACCACACCAACCCCCACACCAACUUCUUUCACCGGAGGUGGUGGUUACAACCCCACGACCACACAGGCCAUUCCUUGUGCAGCUUGGGCCGUGUCCUACCCAUUAGGGGCUUUAUUAGCGACUUGGGCCCUAGUUUUUUAUGCAUUGGCUUUGCCUUAGUUGAAAUUUUUGUUGUAUAUGUGUGUGUGUGUGUGUAUGUUAGUUAUAUCAUCUUUCAAACAAACAAAAACUAUACUACCGAACAAAAGGAAACGCGAUUGCCAUGUGUCG